AUGUCGCUCGACCCUCCUGGCUACAUCCUCUCGCUGCAGAACAACAUCCGCGCACGACCAAUAAGCUGGGAGGGAGCUGUACGAGCAAAGACCAUCACCGAUGCAGACCUCAAGAAGAUAAAGGCCAUAGACAAGGUGCGAAAGGAGCAGCGGAAACAGACCAUUGAGGCGGAUGUGCCGACAUACACAGCUCUGUUGCUUGGAGAUGGCGAGAGCAAGAGCAUAUUCGAGACGGCUGCGAAGCGGACAGAUAUCGUGAACUACAUGCUGGUGCUCACAGGGGACCUUAUUGAUGACAUACCCGCUCUCACCGACUCCCUGGUCAAGCACCCGCACCCCUACAAGCCUCUACUCCCGCUUCUGAAGCAGUCCGCCAGUCCCGAAGAACCCAUACCUCUCCUCGCCUCCUCUGUCCUCUCCUCGCUCCUCUCGCAUGCCCUGAUCGCGCAGCCAAAGUCCACGCCUGAAAUCGACGAAGCGCUGCCGAAGCUCUACUCGUACAUCGCUACACUUUCAAACACCUCCGACUCCAACCUUCAAGAUAUUGGCGUUCAGGAGUACAGCGCGCUCUUGCGAACCACGAAGUCGAGACAGCAGUUCUGGCAGCAGCGAAAAGAGACGCUUGGCCCGCUCAUGGACAUUCUGCGAACGGCGACUGGUGGGAAGGAUACGGACAGCACGAUCGUGGGCGGCUCCAGUGGCACGAGUAUACGCAGCGCAACAGAGUCGAACAUCAAAGUCGGCGGUGGUGUAGGUCUGCAACUUUUAUAUCACGUCCUGAUGGUCAUCUGGCAGCUCUCGUUCGAAGGGAAGCUUGUUGGCAAGGGUUUGGACGAGGAACACGACAUCAUCCCGCUGUAUACGCAUCUGCUUCGAGUUUCACCAAAGGAGAAGACGACGCGGCUGGUGCUGGGAACGCUCAACAAUCUGCUAGCCUACAACAAGUCAACUCUGAUGCCCGCCGCCCUACCAGCCAAGCUUCCGGCAGUGCUUCAGAAUCUCAAGACACGGCAUCUGAACGAUCAGGACCUCAAUGAAGACCUCGACAGCCUUUCGGAGAUGAUGAAGGAGUACACCUCUUCUCAAACCACAUUCUCCGAGUACGCCUCAGAAGUGAACAGCGGGCAUCUGCGGUGGUCACCACCUCACAAGAACGGCGACUUCUGGCGCGAGAACGCUCGAACGAUCAUCGACGAAGACAAGGGCGAGCUCUGCAAGAAGCUGGCCGAGAUCAUGAGCAAGGAGUGGGCGAACGACAAGCAGGUCCUCGCCAUUGCCUGCAAUGAUGUUGCUUUCUUGGUCAAGGAAUGUCCGGAGAAGAGGCAGCAGCUGGAGCGGUUUGGCUUGAAGACGCGGGUCAUGGCGUUGAUGCAGGAUGAGAAUGAGAGUGUGCGGUGGGAAAGUUUGAGGGCGGUGGGGGAGUGGUUGAGGUAUAACUUUGACAAGCAGUAG